CAUUUUGACUCGAGUCAGGAGAUUAUGUGCUGAAAUGGCCUCUUUCUCUACUCCUCCUCCUUGCUCUUCACCAUCUCCUCCACCUCCUUCUCUACCUCUUGCCAAAGGUCAGGAUCAGCCCGUGAGAGGAGUUAAGAUCAGUUUCAGCGUGAUGGAGGGAAGCGGCCAAACCAGCAAAGAUGAGAUAAGUAUUGAUGGCCUCCCUCAAGACGAGGGGGUUCCUCUCCUUCAGAAGAAAGUGACUCAAAAAUAUGAAGCUCGUAAGAAGAAGCUUGGUAUGAUAUUUGGUGUUACAAUUCCCUGCAUAUUGUCCAUCUUUAGUGUGGUCCUGUUCCUUCGUCUUGGUAUGGUCGUAGGACAGGCCGGGUUUCUUGAGACCAUUGUCAUGCUCUUGAUUGGUUAUUCUGUUGUUGUUUUGACUGUCCUCUCAAUAUCUGCCAUAGCAACCAAUGGGAACGUUGAAGGAGGUGGAGUAUACUUCAUGAUCAGUAGGGCUCUUGGUCCAGAGUUCGGUGGUUCCAUUGGAGCUAUAUUUGUCAUUGCUAAUAUAUUUGGAUCAGCUACUUAUAUAAUUGGAUUUGUUGAAGCCCUGGUCAGUAAUUUUGGCGAUGGUUCCUUGUUUUAUCCUGAGAAUUAUACACUUACACAUCCUGUUCUGCCAGAAUCUUAUGGUUAUAAGUUGCUCUAUGGAAGUAUCAUACUGCUCUUCUGUCUAAUCGUCUGUCUUGUUGGAGCAGGUUUAUUUGCUAAGACAACCUUUAUCAUAUUUAUACUCGUGAUGACCUCAAUCAUAUCUUGCCUGGUUAGUUUUGGGUAUAUGAUGGGUCCUUUUCCUGUUCCAAUUGCUCCAGACAAUACACUCAAGGAUAGUGACGUGAGUUUUAAUUACACUGGAUUUAGCUUCGGCACCUUCACUGAUAAUUUUUUUUCGCACUAUGAGAAAGAUUAUACUCAAAUGAAGAAGCUCUCAUUUCAAUUAGUAUUUGCUAUCUUGUUCAAUGGCUGUACAGGAAUAAUGGCUGGUGCUAAUAUCUCAGGAGAACUGAAGAGCCCAAGUACCGCCAUACCCCAGGGGACCCUACUAGCCUGCGGCAUAACAUUCUGUAUUUAUGUUGUAUUAUUUACACUGACUGCUUUCACCUGUGAAUAUGAGAUGCUUAUUAAUAAUUAUAACUACCUCCAGUAUAUUAAUAUACGUCCCUGGUUAAUUACAGUUGGCGUAUUUGCAGCAACACUAUCAGCUGCUCUGUCCAACCUCAUUGGAGCCUCAAGAGUUUUAUAUGCACUAGCUAAAGACAGGCUGUUCAGUGGUAUACUGCAUCCGUUUACGUGGACUGUUGGUAAGAAGAAAGAGCCGAUUGUCUCAGUACUCCUUUGUUGGUUCUUAGUACAGUGUACCCUUUUUAUCGGUAAAUUGAAUGCCAUAGCUCCAAUAGUGACCAUGUUCUUCCUCUUAUCUUAUGGAGUCGUCAACUUGGCCUGUUUAGCACUAAAGUUUGCAUCUGCUCCUAAUUUCAGGCCGACGUUCCAGUUCUAUUCCCGCUACACCUCCUUCCUUGGUGCUCUCAGUUGUUUUGUGUUGAUGUUUGUGAUCCAGCCAUUGUACGCUGCCAUCACACUAGUAAUCAUGAUACUCCUCUUUGUUAUAUUGUUGUUACGAUCCCCUGCUACCCCAUGGGGUGACGUAUCACAAGCACUCAUCUAUCAUCAGGUUCGUAAGUACCUCCUGAGGUUGGAUAUCAGGAAGAGUCACGUGAAGUUUUGGAGGCCAGAGAUACUUCUAAUGGUCACCAACCCACGGUCAUCUUUUAGGAUGAUCAAGUUCUGCAAUGAUUUAAAGAAGGGCGGUCUAUAUGUCCUUGGUCAUGUUGUAGUCCAGCCCUUCAAUCCUGAGGUUGCUGACUAUUACAAUAAACAGCUGAAGACCUGGCUGGACUUUGUUGAGAUCUCAAAGUUUAAAGCAUUUGUUGAAUUAACCGUAUCUGAUACCUUCAGAGCUGGGACUAGGAGUUUAUUAACAGCAGCUGGUCUGGGUGGCAUGAAGCCCAAUAUCCUCGGGCUGGGUUUCUACUCUAAGGAGGUCCCUCAGUCUUGUUUGACUGAUCUGAAGGAGCAGGUGGAAAAACGCUCGAAAUUUGUUCGAGUGAUGAUCAGGGAUACAACAUUGAAUAAAUAUGACGACAUCAAUAGAGACUUACCUCCUCUACGUCAAACAGAAGAUGAUCAGAUUUUGUCACAGAUGGAAUAUGUUGGUGUAGUACAGGAUGCCAUGACCAUGGGAAAGAACAUUUGCAUUUUGAGACAUUUUGAGCAGUUUGAUAAUAAACCAAAGGCUCACCCGUACAUUGACGUCUGGCCGUUGUGCGUUCGGUUCAAUGAGGAGUUUGAAAACACGUUCACUUUAAUGAUGCAGCUGGCCUGUGUCCUCCACAUGAAGGACUCGUGGAAAUCAUCAACUAAAAUAAGAAUAUUUGUUGUCACGGAAACAAGCAGUGAUGGUGUAAUGGAAAGGACUGUAAUGUAUGAUUUCCUUAAAGACGCUAGGAUUGAUGCUGAAGUAAUCAUUAUAUCUCAACCAGUCGGUAUCUCAAUGUCCGACUCCAUCAACACUUUCACUGAGAGCUUUACCUCAGCAGCAAGACUUGGUAGAGGUGUUGCUUAUUACAGGAAUAUCAAUGGACUGAUGAUGGAAAACUCUCUCAACGCUAGUGUAAUUUUUACUGCAUUACCCGUACCUCCAGAAGAUAUUAAUAAAGCUAAAGAUUAUAUUAACGAGCUGUCUGUAUUAUCAAAUAAUUUGCCUCCUACAGUGAUGGUGCAUGGUUCGAUGCCUGUCAUUACUAACUCGAUUUAAUUAAUUAAUUAAUUAAUAAUGGACCAAUAAUUAUAUUUGUUGUUGUGGCCAGUUUAUAAUUGUUGUCACUUAAUUUUAGUUUUCUUA